AGAUUAUCUCGUUGAUUUUAUCUAAGAGGAAUAUUCAAAUCAUUGUAAGAGAAGAGUAAUAAAAAGUAUAUUCAUGGCUGAUAAUGAAGGACUAUUUCGCCCAUCUUCCUUAGAAUUAAAAGGCCAAGACAUGAGUAUAUUGAAAAGUGGAAUGCAAAAUGUGCAUUUCAAAAAUUGGUCGGAAACUUUUGAAUGUUUUCCUGACUUGUUCUUCGCUCCAAAAUCUGUAGAAGAAAUCAGCAGUAUAUUGAAACUUGCACAAGACACCAAGAAAAAAGUUAGAGUUGUUGGCUGUAAACACUCUCCUUCAGAUCUAGCUUUUACCAAUGAUAUAUUAGUUAGUCUCCAAAAUUUCAACAAAAUUUUGAAUAUCGAUAAAAAUCGAAAACAAGUCAAAGUCCAAGGAGGAAUGGUGCUGAGCUCUCUGAAUGAUGAAUUAUAUUGUCAUAAUUUGGCUUUUUCAGUUCUUGGGUCUAUAUCGGAUAUAACAGUUGCUGGAGCUAUAUGUGUGGGAACGCAUGGUACAGGAAUCAAGUUUGGUUCUUUGUCAUCCUAUGUAGUUGAAAUGGACUUAAUGCUGUAUGAUGGCACUAUAAGCACUGUUUCUGCAGACAGAAAUGAAGAUUUAUUUUUAUCAGCUGUUUGUAGUCUUGGCUCACUUGGAGUGAUAUUGAAUGUCACUUUUCAAUGUGAACCUGCAUACAAUUUGCAUUUACGACAGUAUGGGUUGAAUUUGAAAGAUGUAAUUGAAAACCUAGAUGUUCAUUUGAAAGGCUCUGAACAUUUCAAAUUUUUAUGGUUUCCACAUACAGAUGGGACUGUGGUUUCUCACUGCUCUAGAACAGAAAUGCCAGUUCCGAAAUUUUCUUGGGCACAAAAGAUGUGGCGCUGGGUUUGGGAGUAUGGCAUUGGCUACUAUUCUCUAGAGUUUUGUAUUUAUAUUAGCACCUUUUUCCCCGAGUUUGGUCCAUUUUUAAAUAGAUUUUAUUAUAAUCUAGUUUACUCUUCUUCUACAUCAAAAAUUGAUCGCAGCUAUAAGGUUUUUAACUACGAUUGUCUGUUCAAGCAAUAUGUUAAUGAGUGGUCUAUUCCCAUAGAAAAAACUGGUGUGGUUUUAUGGCAACUCAGAGAAUGGAUUGAAUCUUCUGGCACCUAUAUACAUUUCCCUUUAGAAGUUCGCUUUGUUAAAUCUGAUAAUAUAUUUAUAAGCCCAGCUUAUGGUCGAGAUUCUUGUUACAUAAAUAUCAUCAUGUAUAGGCCUUACGGGAAAAAUGUUCCCUGUGCAGAAUAUUGGUCUAUUUAUGAAAAAAUUAUGCUAGAAGCUGGUGGUCGUCCUCAUUGGGCUAAGGCUCAUACGGUGAAGGAAGAAACUUUCAAGCAUAUGUAUCCUAUGUUUGGGAAGUGGUGUGCAAUGCGUCAAAAAUUAGAUCCAAUUAACAUGUUUUUCAAUCCAUAUAUGGCAAGAAUAUUCUCUAACAGUAGAACUGAUUAUAGUUAAAAGUUAAUUUUUAAUUAAAUUAUUUAAUUCAAAGUAUAAAUAUUUUGUUGUUCUUGAUUUUGUUGUGUGCAUAUGAAUCAUUUUUAGUUCAGAACAUAGUCUGGUAAAGUUUUGAAGAACGGUUGCAUGCAAAAGUGGUUAUUGUUUAGCAUUUUUUAAUUGUUGAUGAUAUAAAUGACGCAAGCAAAUAUUAAUGGCACAUAGUGUUUUUCAUAAAAAAAGAUUUAUACUAUAUUCUCUAUUAUCAAUUGAAGUAAAUAAGCAAAGUAUGCCAUAACAAUGCUCAAUAAAGUGAUAGUGCUCUUACUUUGACUUAUGCAUGAUCUUGCUUUAUUCCUUAAUAAAUUGUAAUCAGGGGCACCCCAAACUUAAAAGUUUAAGGACGGUAUUCUCAAUUUUUUACAAAGUGAAAAUCUAAAUUUUAGCUUUUCCGAUUCAUCACACAAAAUUUGCUGAAUAAAGAUAUUUUUGGAAGGCCACAGUGACCCUAAGUGUUUACCUUUUCUAUUUCAUUUGAUAUUCUUUUAUUUAUAAUCAUCUGAUCCAAAGAUCCAAUUCAGAAAACUUUUAUUCUGAUCAGUUUAGCAAAAGAAAAAAAAGUCUUAUGUCACAAAGGGUGUGAUUAAUUUCAUAUUAAUGUUUAUGUUUUUAUCAUUGCUUGUUCUUAAGAAAUCAUAUUAAUUUUUAGACUAUUUAACUAUUUAUUUGUUUAUACAGUUGCAUAACUCAUAGAUUUAUUCAAUUGACCAAACUGCUUAUUAUUUCUUCUGUGACAUUGCUACGUAUGAGAUGUUGAGUUUGUUAGCUUUCAUGUAAUGCAAUGAAGUAAAAAUAACAAUUAAAUUGCAAAAUCAGCAAGGCAUUUUAAAAUUAAAGUUUGUUUUCUGUCCUACAUUUUGCAUGAAAAAAUCAGGGGUUUUACAAAUAUUUAUUUCUGCUGAGCAUUUUUCUUUUUCUUUUUUUUAAAUCUGCUCAUCUAGUUCAACAUUUUCUUCUCCCUUAUAAGCAAGAUUCCUUCAUUCCUUAAAUAAAAUAGUUUUUUGAUAUAAAUGCUACUUCUUUCUCCUUUUCGCUCCCCCGUCGUAUGUUUUUUCCUUUCCUCUUCCUUUUCAGAUAAAAAAUUCUGCACUAAAGCUUUUGAUGAAAUUUAAAACCGCAAAAACAUCUAGUUGAUAAAGGAUACUUAAAUACAGAGCAAUCUCUAGUUUAAAUGAAAUCGAGACAGCUACUCAGACUACUACUCUUCAAGGACUUAAAUUAAAGGGAGAGAAAAAGCAAGCUUUAUCAAAAUGUACAAAAAUUUUCCUUUUAACACAUAAAGUUUUAAAGUCACAUUAAAGUGUUUAAUUUUUAUGUAUAU